AAAUUGGAAGAACUAAUCGAGAACUUGAAAAACCAGGACCCAAAUCCAAUCUUUAAUCCUUUAGAAAUGGGAAUACUUAAAGCAGUUCCUAAACAGAAAGUGUCGCAUUGUCGUAGAAGAAAGAGACAGUUGGAUUCGAGUAAACAUUUAAAAUUGAAAUUAAAUUUAAAUUGUUGUCCAUCCUGUGGAAGAGUUAAAAAAGAUCAUUUUCUUUGCCACCAUUGUGCAUUUGAAAUUAGAAGUUUCUGGAAACGUUUGGAUAAAAAGAAUAAUCCUCAAAUUGAGGAACAAAGAAAGUUUGCUAAUCAAGAAUUUUUAAGUAAAACAGAUCAAAGAAUUUUGUAUCCUGGGAGAUUUGAUGCAGACGAAAUGCGUCAAUUGAGAAAUACAGAUAAUUAUAUUCUCAAGAGAGAUAAACCUAUAUUUUUUGAAAGAAAU